AUGCCAGGGGAGAGCGCCAUAGGCUCAGAUCGAUUCUCCCAAGAUGAGAUCGCCUUGCUAUUGGGCCAUACCUUUAAAGGUGACCUUGAGGCCAAAUACCUGAUGCUUAACAGGCUUAAACAGUCCAGCACUGCAUGUGUGAAUGCUGGCAUGAGAAUAUCAGAUGGAUUAUCAGUGGCGAUAAAAUACGUCCUAAAGACCAAAGUGUUAAAUCUUGCAUUGAGGUUAAAUGGGAGGCGGUAUUAUAUCCCCACAGAGGUCGUCCUUAUGCACAAAGCCGCAGGUGGACAAGAGAUAGUGGGCAAAUCUGCGGCCGUGAAUUUACUGGACUGGUAUGACGUGGACGAUGUGAUUGUUCUCGUGAUGGAGAGACCAGUCCUCAGUCGAAACCUCCUGUGCUACAUAAAUGAGAACUUUGAUCUGAGGGACGAGAGCAAGGCAAAGGUAAUCAUGGAACAGCUGUUGAAGGCAGCCAUAGAUUUAGAGAAAAAGGGCGUCUUCCACCGAGAUCUCAGACCAGAGAAUAUUCUAAUUGAAUUGGGCCAUGCUGUUCCUAAAGUGCGGAUCAUUGACUUCGGAUCUGGCUGCAUUUUCAUCAACGUCCGAUACUACUACUUGCCAGGAGCCCAUACUCGUGCUCCUCCAGAGUUUCUCUUCAGAGGGGAGUACACGCCCGGCCCCAUGACAGUCUGGCAGUUGGGGGCACUGCUUUUUGAGAUGCUAGAUACAUCCAGACGGUUUUCCACCCAAGCGUUCCUCAAGAAGGAAAUUCAAAUUAACAGUGAGCUGUCCCAAGAAUGCCAGGACUUGUUGAGGAGGUGUUUGGCUUUUAAGCCUCAGGACCGAAUUAUGCUGAAACAACUGCACGAGCACCCGUGGUUACAAUGUGAUCCAUGA